GGAAGUUUCUCGCUUUGUUACAAUGGCCUGUGUGGGUAUAUCGCCAAACCACUCCUGGCUUUUUGCAGGAACCAAACACUCUCUUCGUUUUCCUUCAGCGAGGAGUGUUGUGGCAGUAAGAGCUGAAAGCAUGACGAUGGAGAAAUUAGGAAUCAAGGUAGAAAGAAAUCCUCCUGAGGAUAAACUUACACAACUUGGCGUUAAGCAAUGGCCCAAGUGGGGAUGUCCCCCGAGCAAUUUCCCAUGGACUUUUGAAGCCCAAGAGACAUGCUAUCUGUUGGAAGGGAAAGUGAAGGUGACACCCAGUGGGUCAAAUGAAGCAGUUGAGAUUGGUGCUGGUGAUUUGGUUGUGUUCCCAAAAGGGAUGAGUUGCACUUGGGAUGUCUCUGUUGGAGUGGACAAGCACUAUAAAUACGACUAAAUUAGAAUUCCACUAGGGAUUCCUAAUACGUAUGAAUCUAGAGUGGUGAACUUUCCUGAUCAGAUUGGCAUAGCUUGCUGUAAACCAGUAUCAAAAUAAGCUCUUUGAAGUGGUAAUAUAACCAUUUGUAACUCAAUGUGUCAGGACUUGAUCACCAAAUCAAAGUCAAGACUCAGCUUCUCCAUUGUUGUUGUAAAUGGGCAUGUGAUUUGCAGUUUACGGGUUUAGACUCUCUUGAAUGUAUUUGGAUUUGCAGCAUGUAUGAGACUCUUCAUUCCGCAUCA